AUGCUGGACGAAAAUAAUGCGUUAGUAAAAACAUUUCGAAGGGCCAAAGAAAAACUUCAUGAAGAAAAUAAUAAGAAUGUCCAUUUGAGGUUGCUUGGUAAAAGAGGUAGAGAUGGGAGAACUCAUAAUCUUCCUUCUGUGUCUGAGGUUGCUAUUCUUAUUGUGGGAGAUUUAGAUGAAGCUUUUGGUGACAGAGACAUUAUAGUAGAAUAUAAAUCUGGGCGAUUGCAGCGUAUAAAUGAGAUCCAUCCUUUUUAUCUUCCACUUCAAUAUCCUCUUUUAUUCCCAUAUGGUGAGGAUGGUUAUACAGAUGACAUUCCAUUUUCGAAAUCUUCUGGACAUGAUUCUAGGAGUCGAAUUAGUCCAAAAGAAUUUUUUUCAUAUCGGUUACAUGAGAGAGUUGAUGAGUGUUCUACCAUUCUUUUCUCACGGCGAUUAUUUCAACAAUUUGUUGUUGAUGCAUAUACUAUGAUUGAGGCAGGCCGUUUAAGAUUUGUACGGACCCAACAAAAAAAAUUACGUGCUGAGAUGUACAAGGGUUUGGCUGAUGCAGUUUUGAGAGGAGAGACAGAUGGCUCAAAACAUGGGAAAUGCAUUAUUUUGCCUUCCAGUUUUGUUGGUGGCGCUAGAUAUAUGAUUCAGAACUAUCAAGAUGCUAUGUCUAUAUGUAGAUGGGUGGGGUAUCCAAAUUUGUUUAUUACUUUUACUUGUAACCCAAAGUGGCCAGAAAUUGUAAGAUUCCUUGACCCCAAAGGCUUGCAACCAACUGAUCGGCCUGAUAUUAUAUGUCGGGUUUUUAAAAUCAAAUUAGAUAAUUUAAUUAGGGAUCUUAAGAGUAAGAGACUUUUUGGGGAUGUAAAAGGAGUUGUUUAUACCAUCGAAUUUCAAAAGCGUGGAUUACCUCAUGCACAUAUUUUGCUUUUCCUAAGCAAAGAGGAUAAACAACCUGAUUCUCGACGUAUUGAUGAGAUCAUUUCUGCUGAAAUACUUGAUGCCCAAGCUGAUCCAUACUAUUAUGCGAAUGUCAAGGAAUUUAUGGUUCAUGGUCCUUGUGGUAUUGUUAGAAAAUCAUCUCCGUGUAUGGCUAACGGAAGAUGUACGAAAUACUUCCCCAAGAGGUAUAUUGCAGAAACUAAUUUUGAUGAUGAUGGUUAUCCUAUUUACAGGCGUAGAGAUAAUGGUCGUGUUAUCUUGAAGGAUGGGGUGUCUUUGGAUAAUCGAUUUGUAGUUCCUCACAAUCGUUUUCUUCUUCUGAAGUAUGGAGGUCAUAUUAAUGUGGAAUGGUGCAAUCAAUCGCGAUCAAUCAAGUAUUUGUUUAAGUACAUAAACAAGGGUUAUGAUCGCGUGACGACCUCUUUUUUUGAAACUGGUUCUGAUGGUGUGGAAAAAAAUGUGGAUGAGAUUAGUUUGUUUUAUGAUUGUAGAUACAUAUCAUCCUGUGAAGCCGCUUGGAGAAUAUUUGGAUAUGACAUUCAACAUAAGGAUCCGACUGUUGAAAGAUUGAGUUUUCAUCUACCAAAUGAACAAUAUGUGGUUUUUGAAGAUUCUGAGCCAUUGGAACGUGUCGUGAAUCGCAACACAGUGCGUGAAAGCCAAUUUUUGGCUUGGAUGGAAGCAAAUAAAAAAUUUGUGGAAGGAAGAAAUCUCACUUACGCAGAAUUCCCCACGAAGUUUGUAUGGAACACAGAUACUUGGACACUUAGAAAACAAAGGUAUUCUAUCGGGAGAAUGUUUUAUGUUCCUCCUGGUUCUGGUGAUAUGUAUUACUUGAGAUGUUUACUGAAUGUCGUUCGUGGUGCUACAUCUUAUGAAGACAUUAAGUGUGUUAAUGGUAUUCAGUAUGCUACAUUUCGAGAUGCUUGCUAUGCAUUGGGGUUGUUGGACGAUGAUAGAGAAUACAUUGAUGGCAUUACCGAGGCUUCUUUUUGGGCUUCGGCUCAUUCAAUACGAUUGUUGUUUGUGAGUUUGUUACUAUCAGAAACCCUUGCACGGCCAGAUAUUGUGUGGACAAGCUGUUGGAAAUAUUUGUGCGAAGAUGUUGUUCAUAAACAACGCAAACUCUUACAUCAUCCAGAUUUGUUGUUGGGGGAUGAUGAGAUUAAAAAUUUAGGAUUGCUUGAGAUUGAGAAAUUGUUAGUUAAUGGUGGGAGAACUUUGCAUGACUUUCAUUCUAUGCCAUAUCCAAGGACACAAUCGUUGGAAAGUUCUAAUAAUAGAUUGGUUACUGAUGAGCUAUGUUAUGACCGGGAAGCCUUGUGGUAUUGCUUCACUAUUGUUACCUGGUGGGAGAACAGCUCAUUCUCGGUUUAA